UUCAAACAAUGACAUUACAAUCAAUAGUAGAAAAUGAAUAUCAAUUGGAUUUUGAAAUAGUAAUGUGUGUAUUCAAUUUUCAGAUAUGUACUUUAUAUUGAGUUUCAAGCCGACGCGUUUUUUGCAAACAAGAAUAUACACUUUUAGCGGACUUACAUCAAUGGAAAAAUACAUGAGCUCCGUUCAUUACAGUAAACGUUUUCUUUGGUCGUCCGAUUUAAAUUUGAAUGAUAUGUGCUUUAUAUUGAGUUUCAAGCCGAUGCGUUUUUUGCAAACAAGAAUUUACACUUUUACCGGACUAACAUCAAUGGAAAAAUACAUGAGCUCCGUUCAUUACAUUCAACGUCUUCUUUGGUCGUCCGAUUUAAAUUUGAAUUGUAUAUUAUUAGUAUAUGUAAUAUUUUAUGAGUGUAAUACAUUGUAGAUAAAACGACAGAAUAAAAUAUCCAUAUAUACAUGUA